AUGCCAGUCGACCGACCUCUGAAGAAGACAUCAUUUUGGUUCAAUUGUCGCAGCGUUGCCAGGUUUUUCACAAUGAGUUACAUCGUUCGCCGAGGGAUUUCCACCCUCAUCCCCCCCAAGAUUGCAUCUCCCUCCGCAAUCGGUGCUGCAAAAGAUGCCGCCCGUAUGGAGCGUGUAGGCAAUUUCUACGCAAAACUUCCUCGAGGACCGGCUCCUGCAGUGAAACCGUCUGGUUUCUUUGAGCGCUACCAGGCUAAGCAUUUUGGCAAGAAGCCCACCGCAAAACCCCUUAUACACAUCAUUGUGGGAAUGACACUUUUGGGCUACAGCAUUCAAUACAUUACACAUCUUCGUCACCACAAAAACAAUGCCCACUAAGCUUGGCACGCCGAGCAUUCUAGAUGAAUGGUGGAAAUGUGUACAUAUAUUAUAGAAAUGAAUCAGUUUUGAGGUGUCA